AUUGUUAUAAAAUACAAACCCCAUCUCCCAAAACAAACACUCAAAAAACAGAGAGAAAAACAUAUCAUAUCUGAAAAAAGAUGGAGAAUAAUCAGAAUCGCAGGAUUGGAGUAGCCAUGGAUUACUCAUCAACAAGCAAAUCAGCCUUAAAAUGGGCUGCUCAUAACCUUCUUAGCCAUGGAGAUCACUUGAUUUUGAUCCAUGUUGAGCCUCCUAAUUCUGAUACUCCCACAAAGCUCCUCUUCCAAGACACUGGCUCACCUUUGAUUCCUCUUGAGGAAUUUAGAGAGAUUAAGUUGGAGAAGCAAUAUGGAUUGAGUAAUGAUGCAGAGGUUCUUGAUAUUCUUGACAAAUUAGCUACAAAUAAAGGGGUAAAGGUGGUGGCUAAGGUUUAUUGGGGUGAUCCAAGGGAGAAGUUGUGUGAGGCUGUUGAUGAUCUUAAUCUUCACUCACUUGUUCUUGGAAGCAGAGGUUUAGGCUCUAUCAAAAGGGUUUUGCUUGGGAGUGUGAGCAACUAUGUGGUGAAAAAUGCUUCAUGUCCAGUUACUGUGGUGAAAGGGAAGCCAUUGACAUUGCCAAACUCCAAAUCUUAAUUCUCAAAUCCUCCAUUUGCCCUCUUCUUCUUCUUCUUCUUCUUCCUCUUCUUCUUCAUUUGUAUAUAAUUUACUACACAAGGUAAAGCAAUUAUUGGGUGUCUUUUUGUUCAAUAUACAAUGAUUUGUGUUCUUUCAGCUUUUGUGGUGAAUCAAAUCAAAUAAAAUAUGCUUUGUUUGUGACUUGUAA